CGGAAGACGACCUGAAGAGCGCCUUCGCUCCCUUCGGGACAGUCCUGGAAGCCUCCCUGCCCAGGAAGCCUGAUGGAAAGCUGCGCGGUUUUGCCUUCGUGCAGUUCCGGAAUGUCCUGGAAGCAGGAAAAGCCCUGAAGGGGAUGAACAUGAAGGAGAUCAAAGAGCGCCCCGUGGCUGUGGAUUGGGCUGUGGCCCGGGAGAAGUUCCAGGCUGCACAGGCAGAAGGCGGCGUCCCCGCUGAGAAGAAGAAAGGCCAGCCGGGCAGUGCGGGUGGGAGUGAAGGGACGCAAGGGAGACUGGAGGCUUCUGGGCCAGGGAGGCCGAGCAGGGACCCCAGGCUUCCAAGUCCCCCCGGGGAGAGCCAAGACGAAGAGCAGGAGGAGGAACCCAGCGAGGCCGGGAGUUCGGAGGAGGAGGGGGAGGAGAGC